AUGCCUCAGACGCCGCCCACGCCGCUGACGCCUCCGCCGGCGUGGAGCGCGCCCAAGAGCGCCUACGGCGGCCCGCACGCGUACGACCCGUACCUGCAGGGCCAGCAGUGGGUGGUGCCGAAGAUCAACUGGUUCCCCACCACCAUCAAGCUCGUGCUUUCGUUCUCGCUCGUGGCCGGCUUGAUCGUCGGCUACGGUCUUGGUCUACGCGUUGUGUCCAUCGGCGUAUGGAGUCUGGGCAUGUACGGCGUGAUCCUGCUCGUCGACUUCGUCGCCCAGUCGAUCUUCGCCGUGUGCAACCGCGGCUCGGUCAACCGCAUCGCCAACAAGCGCGCCGGCAAGCCCGCGAGCAGGUUCAAGCAGCCGCUCGACGACGGCACGCUGCUUUGCCCGGAGGCAGACGUCUCGAUCACCGUGGUCGGCUACCGCGAGGCCGACGAGGACUGGCGCAAGUGCCUGCGCAGUCUGCAGCAGCAGACUCUUCGUCCGCGCCACCUCAUCGCCGUCGUCGACGGUGAUGCGCCAGCCGACCAAGAGAUGGCGAAGGCGUUCGACGAGGAGUUGCGCGGCAAGAGCGCUCGCGUCAUCCACCUGCCGCUUCUUCUGCACGGCCUGUUCCGCCAGACGUACGACGAGGCGCUGAUCAAGUUCGAGGGCCCCAAGAUGAGCAACUCGCGCUGGGCCAAGUUCGGCCGCUGGCUCGGCAACAAGCAGACGCCGGCGGAGGUGUACGCACUCGCCAUCGCACGGCAGCGCAUCGUCGACCAGGUCGAGGUGUGGAACGACGAAUUCAGCAUCGACCGCUACGAGAACGUCUGCUUCACGCAACCGCACAGCCACAAGCGUGGCGCCAUGUUCACGGCCUUCGCCAUGGCGCUCUGGGCCUGCCGCACGCGCGACGGCAUCUUCACGACCGACUCUGACACGCUGCUCGAGACCAACGCGCUCGACGAGAUGUACUGCCUGCUCUCGUCCGAGGAGCGCAUCGGCGGCGUCACGGCCGAAGUCAAGAUCUCGAACCGCGCCGACUCCUUCCUCUCGCGCAUGUGUAGCGUGCGCUACCUCAGUGCCUUCCAACUCGAGAGAGCAGCCCAGAGUCUUUGGCGAUGCGUCGGAUGUCUCUCGGGUCCGAUGGCCAUGUACAAGUCGAGCUCGCUGUCGACGAUCCUCGGGCCCUGGGCGCUGCAGACGUUCAUGGGCAAGGAGACGACCUUCGGCGACGACCGCCACCUCAGCAACCAGCUUCUCGUGCACGGCUACUACACCCGCUACACGCACCGCACCUUCUGCGAGUCGGAGAGCCCGGCGACGUUCGUGCGCUGGGUCAAGCAGCAGACCAGAUGGUCCAAGUCGUUCUUCCGCGAGGCGUUCUGGUUCCCCAAGGCCUUCGCUCUGCACUCUUGGUGGCAGACCGUCGAGACGACGUGCCAAGCCAUCUACAGCUUCGUCCUGACCGCCACCAUCUUCCACAUGCUGUUCGCACCGCCCGCCAACGUCUUCCAACCAGCCGUCUGGAUCGGCACCCUUUUCGGCGUCGCAAUCAUCAAGGCCAUCGUCGGCGCUCUGAUAGUGCGCGACCCGUGGAUGCUGAUCUUCCCGCUCUACGCGCCGCUCUACCUCUUCGGCCUCAUGCCCUCGCGCCUGCUCGCUCUCUUCACAAUGAACCGCACUGGCUGGGGCACGAGCGCCCGCUCGACCGGCGAGCGCCGCCGCGGCGACGGCUUCAUGGAGCGCACCGAGCACGUGCUGCACCUUGUCAUCUGGCAGACGGCCAUCAUGGUCGGCAUUGGCUACUUCUUCUCCAAGGUAUUUGACAGCUGGCUCUUCCUCGUCAUCGGCUGCGUCGCCGUGCCGCCGAGCAUCCUCGUGUACAUCGAGUUCAAGCCCAAGGCGGCCAAGCCCAAGAAGACAGCCGCCGCUCCCGUCUCGCCGACGUUCCGCGCCUUCAAGCUGCAGCCGCUCGAGGACGUCAACGUGCACAACGCGCAGGCACGCCACGAGAUCUACAUGCAGCCCGAGGCCAGCCAGAGCUGGUGCCACGACCGCGACAGCUCGUACAAGCACCCCGGCUCGCCGUCGGGCGCCAGCCGCGCCGGCAGCUCCUCCUCCGUCGUCGACGAGAAGGGCAACCCGUACCUGCCGCCGUCGCCGCGCAGCCAGCGGCAGCACGGGCAGUACGGCUACAUGUGA